GCUGCCUGGCUGAGGGGCUGGAGCCCACAUGCUUCGAGAGCAGCGAGGACAUCGGCGGCGUCUGGCGCUACACGGACUCCACAGACAGCAGGAGGAUCACUGUGUACCGCUCAGUCAUCACCAACACCUCCAAGGAGAUGUCCUGCUUCAGUGACUUCCCCUUCCCCGAGGAUUUUCCCAACUACCUGCCCCACAGCCUGGUCCUGGAAUACCUCAGGAUGUACGCCCGGCACUUCGACCUCCUGCGGCACAUUCGCCUCCAGACCACAGUUCUCAGUGUGAGGAAAUGCCCGGAUUUCAGCACCUCAGGCCGGUGGGAGGUGGUCACUGAGAGCCGUGGUGUCCGUGAGUCCCACGUCUUCGACGCUGUCAUGGUUUGCACCGGCCAUUACCAGGAGCCCUACUUGCCAUUGGCUUCUUUCCCAGGCAUUGAAAGUCGCUUCAAAGGGCAAUACCUGCACAGCUGGGAGUACAGGGACGUGCAGGCUUUCCGUGGGAAGCGCGUCUUGGUGCUUGGCAUCGGCAACACCGGUGGGGACCUGUCCGUGGAGCUGAGCCGAGUGGCUGAAAAGGUGUUCCUCAGCACCAGGAGCCACACGUGGGUCGUCAGCCGGGUCUCAGACCACGGCUUCCCCUUGGACAUGGUCAGCACCACCCGCUUCAACUCCCUCCUGGACUGGCUUCUCCCAUCAGCACUCACAAGGAGGAUCAAGUUUCGGAAGUUCAAUUCAUGGUUCAACCACACAAACUAUGGCUUGGCCUCCAGCAAAAGGUGUUUUUUCUGGUUCUCCAAAUUUAAGAUGAUUAUCAAUGAAGAGCUGCCCUUCUGCCUCCUCUCUGGGACUGUGGUGUUGAAGCCCAACGUGAAGGAGUUCACUGAAAGCUCUGCUGUUUUCGAAGACGGCACAACCGAAGGAAACAUUGACGUGGUGCUCUUUGCCACGGGCUACAACUUCUCCUUCCCCUUCCUCGAGGAGUCUGUUGGGGGCACCAUCCACGACAACCGCUCCCUCUACAACUGCAUCUUCCCUCCCCAGCUGGAGCAGCCCACGCUGGCCAUCAUUGGCCUGAUCCAGCUGACAGGCUCCAUCAUGGUGGGCUCAGAGAUGCAGGCUCGCUGGGUCACAGGGGUCUUUGCAGGCUGGAACAAGCUGCCUCCCCCCAGCAGGAUGAUGGCUGAGGUUUUGAAGAGGAAGCCAGCAGUCAAAAGGUGUGUGCCGUCUGAGAGGGAGAACCUGAAGAUGAGUUUCAUCAGCUACGUGGACAAAAUUGCUGCGUGCGCCGGCGUCAAGCCCAGCGUGUUGAGGCUGCUGCUGACAGACCCCCAGCUGGGCCUGGCCAUCUUCUUUGGGCCCUGCUCCCCCUACCAGUACCGGCUGCAGGGCAGGGGCAGCUGGAGCGGGGCCAGAGCUGCCAUCCUCACCCAGUGGCAGCGCUCCCUGCGGCCCCUGAGGACACGGAUGCUGGGUGACAGCUCCAGCAGCUCCUGGGGCUGGAGCUGGAUGUGCCUCCUGGCUCUGCCAGCAGCUCUCACUGCAGCUUGGCUCUGCUCCAAACACCCCCAGCCAGGCUGGAGCCCCCGGCUGUAGGAGGAACACGGAGAGAUGUGAUGCCAGGUGAUGUGGGCAUGGUGCAAAGCUGUGCCAGUCUCUCGGUUUGGGAAGACAGGAAUCUGCUAAGGAAGGCAGGAGCCUCCCCUGAAAUGGAGAAUGUAAACCCUCCCCACCCCUCCUAAUUGCUAUAAAUUUUAAAUUAAGGGCCUCUCAGGCAAAAAAUAUGGGAGCAGGAAAUAACAGUUCUUUAAUAGGGAAAAGAAAAGUAAUAAAGGAUAAAAUAAACAAUGCAGUACACCAGAACAACACUGACAGAGU